GUCAAGGAGGAGCACGGCGUCGGCGGUUCCCGAGGAGAACGCGGUCGGCGACUCCCAGGGCAACGGCCUCGCCGAGCACGCGGUGCGCGAGGUCAAGGCCAAGGUCAGGGCGGUGCGGGCGCAGGUGGGCGACCACCCCGGCGUGAGCAUUGGCGUCGAGCACCCGGUGACCCCGUGGAUGGUCGAGUUCGCGGCUAUGUCCAUCAACCUGGGCAGGCGGGGCGCGGGCGGCCGGACAUCUUGGGAGCUUCGGCGCGGCCGCCCCUUCAACAAGGACCUGGCUUGCUUCUCGGAGAAGGUCCUUUACCUCCCGGCGGGCAAGCACAAGGCCGGGAUCGAGGGCGCGUUCCUCGCUGGGCUCUACCUGGGGCCCACGCUUCGGACGGACGAGGUCUACAUUGGCACGGAGUUGGGCGUAUUGCGAGCCAGUGCCUUCGAGCGGUUGACGAGCGACCAGCGGGCCGACAAGGACCUGCUGAACAGCCUCGUGGGGGAGCCGUGGGCGCCUUUGCCGACGGACGUGGCGGUUGACGAAGUACUGGUGGCCAUCGAGAUCCGAGCGCCGGUGCCGGCGCCGGUCGCGCCUGCCGGCGGCCCUCUGGCGCCAAUCCCUGAGGCUGAGGACCUCCCGCCUCGGGCUCCCCGAGCCGGGCGGCCCUCGGCAGGGCCGCGGGCAGUCUACAUCAGGAAGGAAGUCGAGAUCGCGAAGUACGGGAUCACCCCGGGCUGCUGCGGCUGUGCCGCGACCCUCGGCGGCGCCCGGGCGCCGGCCCACUCGGCAGAGUGCCGCGCUCGGAUCGAGCAGGCGAUGCAGGGCGAUGAUGAGGCGAAGCAGAGGCUCGAGGAUGCCCGCGAGCAGAAGCGCCAUCGUGCUGACGUCGCCGGGCCGGUUUGCCAAGAGGGCGGCGCGCAAGGCAGUGGCGGGCCAGCUCCAGCACAGCAGGUGCAGCCAGCACCUGAGGCCGCAGUGGCGGCCGGCGCGGCGAUGGCUCUGGCACCUCAUGACCUGGGCGACGACAACAUGCAGGAGGAUAUUGGUGCCCUCCUGCUCUCCCUCGACUACAGCUGGCGCAAGGCCGACGUGAUGGAGGUGUUCUGCCCGAAUAGGCUUGUGGGCUUCGCCCCGCUCUCCGGUCUGGUCCAUGGUGGCUCGUUCGACUUGAGGGUCGGCUGGGGCCUGACCGACCGCCAGCAGCAGCGUCGGUGCCGGGAACUGAUCGAGCACUACGAAGUGUACUUCAUCCUGGGCAGCCCUCGCUGCGCGCCGUUCUCCAUGCUGAAGUUCCUGAACGAGGACACCGAGAAGCAGCGUGAGGCCUACGCCAUCGGGUGCGAGCAUUUGAGGUUAAUGAUGGAGCUCUACACGCUACAGGUGAAGAGCGACCGCACGUUCUUGCACGAGCACCCGUGGAGCGCGGACAGCUGGGGCCUGGACAUGGUGAAGGUCGUGAUGGCCCUCCCUGGCGUCGAGGUCUGGCGGGGCGACCAGUGCGUGUUCGGCCUGGCGGUCGCGGACGCGCACGGCGACAGGCUCGCCAAGAAGCCGACAGGGUGGAUGAGCAACAACAAGGAGGUGUUGGAGGAGGUCUGCAAGCGCUGCCCCAAUGACACCGGCAUUGGCAACGAGCACGAGCACUCCCCCUUCGUCGGCAGGAACAUGCGCGUGGCGGAGAGGUAUCCGGUGAAGCUCUUCCGUGCCACCCUUCGUGGUCUCCGCAGGCACCUCGGGAACAAGAAGGUGCUCGCGCUUUCGGCCCUGGAUGCUGGGCCAAACGUGGACGACGAGGAGUUCAGCCCGAAGUCGGGAGGCGCCUGGAGAUGGGACUUCCUGGCGCAGCUCGGCGUGUGGGUCUACGCGAAGGACGAGGACUGCCAGCGCGAGCUUGGGCGCAAGCCUCUCAGUGUGCGCUGGGUCGACAUCGACAAGGGCGACGCCGACCGGCAGGGCUACAGAUCCAGGAUCGUCGCACAGGAGACCAAGGCGCAGAGCACCAUCGCAGGGGACGACAUCGGCGCUGUGUUCGCGGCGACCCCGCCACUGGAGUGCCUUCGGUUCAUCUGCAGCAUGGUGAUGUCGAGCGACCCGUCCGAGGGUCGCGUGCCGCGCUGCCUGGGCAUCUCGCGGGCACACCCGCGCUGCGAGAUCAAGGGGGCGGACUGCACCAAGCUCCCAGAGGAGGACCCGAUGUCGCAGGAGGUCGGUGCGCAUGGGCUCUUGCGGAUGGCGCUUUACGGGACGCGCGGCGCUGACCAGAACUUCGAGCUCGCGACCGCCGACGCUGUCGUCGGCGCUGGCUGUGGCCAGUCGGCCUUCUCCCCUUGCGUGUACUGCCGCAAGGGCCUGCAGGUGAGCUUCUUCCACCGCGGCGAUGACUUCGUGCUCGAGGGCUCUCGGGGCGGGACCGAGUCGAUCUGCGAGGCGCUGAAGACGAAGUUCAUCGUGAAAGACAGGGGCGUGCUCGGUCCGGCGCCUACCGACGCGAAGGAGAUCACGUGCCUCAACAGGGUAGUGCGCUUGCGAGACCGAUGGAGCCAAGGGGGCGAGGCCAUCGAGUACGCGGCGGAUCCCAGGCACGCGCAGAUCCUGCACGCACAGCUCGGGAUGGACCCCCACACGAAGUCGCGAAGCACGCCAGGGGUGAGCCAGAAUCUGACACCUGAGGUCGAGCGCGAGCUGAAUGACCACGAUGCAGCGGAGUACCGCGGCGCGUGCAUGAGGCUGGGCUACUUGGCGCUCGACCGGCCGGAGGUGCAGUUCACGGCCAAGGAGUGCGCUCGCGGCAUGCAGAAUCCGACGCACCUGAUCGUGGCGGCCCCGACGACUCAGAUCCCCAUCUCCCUGAGCUCGGGCUGCGUGCGAGCAGCCAGCAGGGCCAUCGGCGUGCAGUCACUGUGCCAGGGCCUGGGCAGAGAAGCGAGCUUUCGCAUCUGGGGAGAUUCGGCAGCGGCUCUCGGCAUCAUGCAACGAUGGGGCUGCGGCAAAGUCCGACACGUCGAGACGCCGGCGCUGUGGGUGCAGAAGGCGUUGAAGGACGGCCGGUUUCAGCUGGCCAAGGGUCCCGGGAAGUCAAGCCCGGCGGACCUGGGGGCGAAGUUCUUCGACCAGGCGGCGACGCUCCGAGGGCUGAAGAUGAUGGGCGUCGAGCUCUCGGACGCGCCUCUCGCGGGCGCCCUUCAGGCAAAGGUCUGGGUCGAGGGCGCAGGCGGCCAUUUUGGCCUGCAGUCUUCCGCCCCGCGCUUUCAUGGCCUUGGGCGGGCUGCGGUCGUCGGCGCGGUGAUGGCGCGUGCUUGUGGAUUGCUGUGCUCGACCGACGUCGCGGUCCGGUGCGCCGUGCACUGUCGAGGGGCUUCGGAGCUUGAACAG